AGGAGGAUCACUUGCCAUCCAUAGUCUUGAGAAAGCAUUAGCAAAUGGGGCACAUGACGCAAAACUAUCAUACAAAAACCGCUUGCACAAAUUAACACUCAGUUGGAAGAAAGGCCAACCUAAUGUGAGUCCUGACUUAGAAGAUCAAGUACUGGAAAGUCUACGGCCACAUAGCAAUCUUCAUGAUCUAUGCAUUGAUGGGUAUGGGGGCCCUACUUGCCCUACAUGGCUGGGUACAAAUCUGUCCACCAAAGGUCUGGAGGCUCUCCGCCUAAAGCACACAGAUUGGGAAUUCCUUCCACCCCUUGGAGAACUAUAUCUGAUUCGUGAGUCUGGAGAAGAGUAUUUAGGUUGCAUCAGAGGCACAUGCUUUCGUAACUUGAAAAGGGUAGAACUCAUUGGGUUGCCAAGAUUUAGUAGAUGGGCAGCAAAUGAUGUUUGCCCUUGGUACUUUUCACUUAUAGAAGUACUCGUUGUGAAGGAUUGCCCUGAACUAACCGAGUUACCAUUUUCAUCUUAUGCCAGCUGCUGCCCGCUGGAAAGUGAUUCGAAUGUGACCUGUUGUCGCUGCCUCCUAUUCCUUAUAGUCACACUUUGUGCUCUGUUAUAGUACUGGGACUUGUAGGAAGAGGUCUGGAGGGAUUAGUGUACUCAAACAAAUCAAACAGUUUGAUCAUAGAAGGAAGUGAUGCUCUGCAUGUCCUAGAUGAUACAAUCUUGGCGUUCCAUAAUUUAACCCAACUACAAGAACUACAUAUCAAAAAUAGCCCAUCUCUGGCUGAAACACACCUUCAAAUGCUAACCUCAUUGAAGGUCCUCAUUGUCGAGGAUUGCCCUGAACUAACUGAAUUAACAAUUUUAUCUAAUACUAGUCGCUACCCCUCAGAAAGAGAUUUGAAUCUGACCUGGUUUCCUAGGCUAAACACGAUUGAAAUUGCGGGUUGCCCAAAACUGUUGUCGCUGCCUCCUAUUCCUUAUAGUCACACUUUGUGCUUAGUUACACUAUCGGGACUUGUAGGAAGAGGUCUGGUGGAGCUAGAUUACUCACACGAAUCAAGCCGUUUGAGCAUAGAAGGAAGUGAUGCUCUGCAUAGCCUAGAUGAGACAGUCUUGGCAUUCCAUAAUUUAACCCAACUACAAAGCUUGACUAUUAAAAAUUGCCCACCUCUGGCGGAGAAACACCUUCAAAUGCUAACCUCGUUGAAGACCCUCGACAUAGAUGGUUCAAGCAUUACGUUCCAGGGAGUUGGGGAGGCCAUUCUUUGGCAGCUUCCAGUUAACAGGUUAGAGAUAAAUGGUAGUUGGAGUGGUAGCUGGAAGGAAGUGACACAUCUACUGACUCAUCUCCCCGAGCUCUCUCACUUGUCUAUAUGUGGAAGGGGAUGUGAGAAGAUAUUGACAGGGUUGGGCCUGGACGUGCAGCAACAAACAGCAGCAUCUUCAGCUCCUAAAUUACAGCAGCAGGAUACAUAUAGAACAGCAGAUCCACAAGAAGAAGGAGAAGAUGACGACGAUGGGCUGCUGCUCUUACCGGCCCAUCUGUCCUACUCUCUCCAGGAGUUGGGCAUCAAAGAUUGUCCAGAGCUUGUCCUUAGGAGCCACGGGACAGGUCUGCAAUUCAUGGGCUCCCUCAACACAAUGAAAAUAGCAGGUUGCCCCAACUUCCUGUGUGCCUACAAGGCCUUGUCGGAUCUCUGCCCUUUCCCGUCCACCCUGCAAUCCCUCAGCCUUGGAGGUGGUAUGGAGGGCAUGGAGACGCUGGCUCCCCUCUCCAACCUCACCUCUCUCGAGACAUUAAGCAUUCGGGAUGAUUUUAGGUGCGACGGCUUGCUGCCUCUCCUUACCCAAGGUCAGCUCACCGCAUUAAGUGUCAGCGACAGCCCCAAAUUCUUUGCUGGCAUUCAGGCGGUCUCCAAACUGCAGGAACUCGUGACGGACGCCAUCGCAGCAGUCUUAACCGCGCCCAUCUGCCGCCUCCUCUCUUCCUCCCUCACCAAAUUAUCCUUUCAUGAUAAAGAGGUGGAUCGCUUGAGCAAGGAGCAAGAGGAGGCUCUUUCUCUCCUCACCUCCCUCCAGGAGCUCAAAUUUGGGUGGUGCAUCAAGCUGCGGUGCCUCCCAGCCAUGAAGUCGCUGCACAAGCUCACCAACCUCAAGAGAUUGGAGAUCUGGGCCUGUCCAGCCAUGAGGUCGCUGCCAAAGAAUGGCCUCCCCACCUCGCUGCAAGAAUUAGAGGUCUACAGUUGCACCAACCUCCGGUGCCUCCCAGCAGGGCUGCAAAAGCUCACCAACCUCAGGAUACUGAAGAUCUGGUACUGUCCAGCCAUGAGGUCGCUGCCAAAGAAUGGCCUCCCCACCUCCCUGCAAGAGUUAGAGGUCUUCAGAUGCACCAACCUCCGGUGUCUCCCAGCAGGGCUGCACAAGCUCACCAACCUCAGGAUACUGAAGAUCUGGUACUGUCUAGCCAUGAGGUCGCUGCCAAAGAAUGGCCUCCCCACCUCGCUGCAAGAGUUAGAUGUCCGCGAUUGCAAAAAUGAGGAGCUAACACAGCAAUGAAGACGGUUAAUCGGGGGCAUCCCAUUAAUCAGACUAGACUACUUUUCCUGAUCCAAGGUAAUUAACAACCACUUCCUUGCUUUUCCUGAUCCAAGACCACACACACAGGCUUCUUGGGAUUCCAAUGUACAUUCUUCUAGCUCCCCUUGUAGGACUAUCUCCAUCCAUGCACACGACAUGUGUGGUAUCUUCUCCCUCUACAUAAAUCUAUAUAUCUGAAAAUGCCAUGCAGUACGUCCUGGGUAUGAUACUUAUUCCAACAGAUGUGAAUUAAUGCUAGUCUUUUGCCACCUUACCGCUGAAGCCAUCAAUAGGCAGGAGUGAUGGAUCAGUCAGGAACUUUGAGAUGGUUUUGUUCCUGGUUAUCUAGCACUUCAUAAAUUCAAAAUUGUAUUAUUCACUGCACGUGAAGCAAUGAAAGUUAUAUAUGGACUAGUCUUCAACGGAUUUCAAGUUAGUCAACUGUCUCGAUGAUGCACAAGUCAAGGAAGCUAUAUGAAUCUGCCAUUUGUCUUGAACCUGAAAUUCUCAGAGCUGCAUUGUCACUGGGUGAUUUGCAUGUUGGUGGACGCCACAAACAAGACGCCUUCCCGUUUGGUGCUUGUAUAACCUAGAUAGUUGACAAAGAAUCAAUAGAAAUGCUUCCAUUUCCAAACUAACAAAAAUUUCCGCUAAGGUUAGGAAAUAGCUGAAGACCACAAUGCGGACAUGAAGUUAAUGAAAGAAUGGUAAACAGUUUUCUCGCUUUAUUCAAAUGCUAGUUUACCUUGGAUCGUGCAUAUAAUUUAUUUGGUCACAUUCUAGCCCUCACAUAAUCCCAAGAUUGACUCAUCAAAAUCCCAAGAGUUGAGUGCAAUAAGUUGGUGUCACCCUGAUUGGUUUAGAUAAUUAUUUUGUCCCACCAGAGCCAUACAUAAUAAAAACUAAACCACCGUUUGUGCAAUCUGAAUAUUUGGUGAGCUUUGUUAACUAUGUAUCCGUCUAGUCAGAAGCUCUUGAAAGCCAGUCAUUCUCCUUCUUUCCUUCGAUUGCUACUCCAUUCGACACUUUUCAGUGCAAUCUUGCAUACUUGAUUGGUGUAUCCAUUCACCAUGUAUUAGCCAUGUAGAGUUUGCAUACUGCUCUUUCAUAUUUAGGGUGCUCAGCGGGCAUUGAUUUACUCCCCACAAUCCUUUGUAAACAGAAGCAUCCAUCUAGUCAGCAAGUCUUAAGAAAAUACUUAUUAAAAAGAGGGGAAAAGAGUGUUGGCAAUCUAGAGCCAAAAGAGAAAAAAGAGAAAGGAAAAAGAAAAAAGAGUGCUGGCAAUCAAAAUUUAAGAGGCUCUGAUUUUUUGGUGGGAGGAGUCAAUUAACGCAAACUUCAUAUCAUUGUGCAAUCAUCAGCUGCUGUCCAUGAGGUAUCCAUAUCCGAUAAUGACGACAUCACUAUUUCUAGGGACCACCUUCUGCCUCUCUGAUCAUUCUUUUUCCUUUUGACAUAUUGUUUUCCCCAUGUGACUGGAACGACAAGGCUUCAUUGUACUAGUUUCGGAUACUUAAUUAACUUUGCAAUAACUGAAUUUCAGGUUUGCUUAGUCCAUUACCCAACCAAACCACACAUACAUAAGCCUCCACACAUGCAUAUAUAUUUUAGUGGUAGGGAGAUCUUGGCAAACGGCCAGUGAGGAGCCAUAUAGGUACGUGUGAUUGAGAGAGAUUCUAGAUCAUGAAGAGUAACUCCACACUAAAAGCUUACUACUCUUGGGACAAGUUUUAGCACUCAUGCUUGUUGAAGGAGAUGAAAACUGGACAGCAACCUAAGUGACUUAUUGUUGAACAACUUAACAAAAAAAACUUAAAUGCCUGACGGCUGUGAGGGCAUUAGGAUGCGACCAUGUAAAUUUGUGCAUUAUCUGUUGUAAGCUUGCAGGUUUAUGAAGGUUGAGAACAACUAAGGACCCUUCUCCAUACGAUCUUCAUUGUAUCAAUCACAUCUUAUGUCGGAACAGAGGACGCUAUACAACCAAGUUUCCAGAAGAAUCCUGAGACUCAUAUUGAUGAGAAUUCCUCUUCCACAACUCGUCAACAGAAGAUUAAACCUAGGGAUCUUGUGUCGAUUGGAGAUCCGUCAAACCAUUUGUAAUGGAAGAGAGGAUUAAUACUAUUCACCUUCUGUACAAAGAUUGCUGUGAGUCUUCAUCUUUUCACUGGUGGUCUGCAUAGAAGGAGAAGAUUAUGUGUCUGCAUGUGUUCUCACUGACGCUGGAGGCAUGUCCGGGCAUAACAUUCAUUCCAGGAGAAGUAUGGAGCAAGUGUCUAUUGUUGAAUGUGCAGACCUUGUGUCAAUCGGUGUAGCAGGGGCAAUCGUAGAACUGAGGACAGUGACUAAGGAGGACAUGCACCGUCAAAAACUAUGGAGGACAUGGAGUAGCCUCAGAGGAGAGGCUUGUGAAAAAGGAAAAUUGAUAUGGGUGACAUGUUCUUCUAACGGGAACAAAUGGUGGAGAAAAGGCUAAGAUUGUGGCUGAAUCAACAACUUCAACACUCCAGUUUUACUCCGUCCAACCCUCGAUUUGUACCUGCCUUUUUUUUUCUUUCUGAUAAGUAUCAGUUGCUACAGAAGGUAGGUAACAUAUGAUGUCAAAAGCUCAGCUGCAGCUUACGGCCGGGUUGGAAGACAUCAAACUACUGUUGUAUUCAUUGAAUAAGUGAGGGCAAAAACAUGUAUGCUAUUUGAAUAUUCUAGUAUAUGGUGUAUGUAUGCCAUUAGACAUUUGUUUCGGCUCAAAUGACUGUAUUGCAACUGCAAUUUUGAUCUGAAUGUCUGACUA